ACGACAAGGAUCACGUCUCAUGGAAGUACAGAGAACUGUCGGGCCCCAACAGACAAACAGCAGCACCAUGUGUGAAUCGACGCAGAGGUCCUGCGAGCCUCGCCGAAAGAAAAUGGAUGAGCGCAGCGCACCCUCAGAAAUGGCCAGGAUAAUCACUGAUCCUGCCACGGGGAAGUGCUACUGCCGUGGAAAAGUUUUGGGAAAGGGAGGGUUUGCUAAAUGUUAUGAGAUGACGGAUCUCUCCACCAGCAAAGUUUACGCAGCCAAAAUCAUUCCACAUGCGCGCGUCUCCAAACCUCACCAACGGGAGAAGAUUGACAGGGAAAUUGAGCUGCACAGAGUACUGCACCAUAAACACAUCGUGCACUUUUAUCACCAUUUCGAGGACAAGGAGAACAUCUACAUCCUGUUGGAGUACUGCAGUAGAAAAUCAUUAGCCCACAUCCUGAAGGUCCGCAAAGUGCUUACCGAGCCAGAGGUGCGUUAUUACCUGAGGCAGAUUGUGUCUGGACUGAAGUACCUGCAUGAACAAGAAAUCCUUCACAGAGACCUGAAACUUGGUAACUUUUUUGUGAACGAGACGAUGGAGCUCAAGGUCGGGGACUUUGGUCUGGCUGCCAAGUUGGAGCCAGCAGGAAACAGGAGGAAGACGAUCUGCGGGACUCCCAACUACCUGUCCCCUGAGGUUCUCAACAAGCAGGGCCACGGCUGUGAAUCAGACAUCUGGGCCUUAGGCUGUGUAAUGUACACAAUGCUGUUGGGCAGACCUCCUUUUGAAACCACCAACCUGAAGGAGACAUACAGGUGUAUUAGAGAAGCCCGCUACUCCCUUCCCUCGUCCCUGUCACCACAGGCUAAGCAGCUAAUCGCCAGCCUGCUGGCCAAGAUGCCAGAAGACAGACCCAACCUGGAGCACAUUCUAAGGCAUGACUUCUUCACACAGGGCUUCAGUCCAGAACGUCUGCCUGCUAGCUGCUGCCAUUCGGCACCAGAUUUCCAUAUCUCUAGUCCCGCCAAGAGCUUCUUCAAGAAAGCUGCUGCAGCACUGUUUGGUGGGAAGCGGGACAAGGUCAAGUACUACGAGACUCUAAAUAAGUUAACCAAAGAGGAAGAGGAGAUUUACAAACUGCAGCAUGACUUGGAGAGAACCGUCAUCAGCCAACAGCACAGCAAAAAGAUGUCAGAGAAUGGAAGUCUACUUCCGCCAUCUGCCGAGAGCCCCGUUGCCCCGGCAACAGAGAGCCAGUCCCCGACGACGCAAGACACCAUCCGUCUGAUCGUCAGGGGGAGUCUGGGAAGCUGCAGCAGCAGUAGUGAAUGCUUGGAAGACAGCACGACAGGGAGUGUGGCUGAGACAGUUGCAAGUGUGCUGAGGGGAUGUCUGGAGAAUAUGCCUAAAGCCAGUGACAUUCCUCAGGGCUCAACCAGCUGCAAUCUUCAGUGGGUGACUAAAUGGGUGGAUUACUCCAACAAGUACGGUUUCGGCUAUCAGUUGUCUGAUCACACCGUGGGAGUUCUCUUCAACAAUGGCACUCACAUGAGCCUCCUGCCUGAUAGAAAGACCAUCCAUUACUAUGCGGAGUUGGGCCAGCGCUCCGUCUUUCCCACCUGUGAGGUUCCUGAACACUUUGUUGGGCAGGUCACUGUGCUCAAGUACUUUUCCCAUUACAUGGAGGAAAACCUCAUGGAUGGCGGGGACCUUGGCACUAUAACAGAUGCACACAUGCCCAGACUUUACCUGCUCCAGUGGCUCAAGUCAGACCGCGCCCUCAUGAUGCUGUUUAAUGAUGGCACUUUCCAGGUCAACUUUUACCACGAUCACACCAAGAUCAUCCUGUGUUGCCAGAGAGAUGAGUACAUGCUGACAUACAUUAAUGAGGACCGUGUCUCCAAAACCUUCAAACUCAGCUCCCUGCUGAAGUCUGGCUACCCUACUGACCUACGGGAGCGCAUGGUGUAUUCCCUCAAUAUGCUUCUGCAGAGAUGCAGCUAAACCCACAUUGAUGUGUGUUGGACAGACAAGCAAAUCUACCGAACGUGUUACUGCGAUGGAAUAAGGAUGCCGAAAGAAUCUGUGAAAGACGAGUGGAUUUCAAGGAUGCAUUUGCUCAGAGUAAAUUAAUCCUACUGCUGCAUCUUAAUCACUCAGGCAUCAGUGUAAGGUGUAAAACAAAACAAAAGAAAAAAGCAGAGACUGAAAGACUGAGAAAAUGAAAUGUAGCACAACAACUGUGGAUGGAAAAGGGCUGAUUUGUAUGUGGACUGUUGGAGGGGAGGAAGGAGAGAGUAUGUUGGUACGAAUGUGAUCCCCAAGUGUUUGGAGGUGGGGAAAGAGAGAUGUUUGGGAAGUAACGAGAAAUGCUGGGCUGGCACCAGCUUAAUUGUAUAGAGUAUAGCUGAAUUAAUCCAGAGGGGAUCAGUAAAUUGUUGCUCUGAAUGUCAGAGCUUGACUAUGGAGUAUUGUAAAUGUUGUACAGUGUAUGUCACAGCCAAAUCACCAGUGCAAAGGAAUUACUGGCACCAGUGCAAAGGAAUUUGAGGAUGCUACAGAGUUUGGCUGCUUGUAUGAGUGAGUGUGUGUCUGAGUGGGAGGGGUGUAAUAUCACACUAACCUCUAAAACUGUGAUUUGUUCUCUUUACUGACAGAUGGACUCAGCUUAUUAAGCUGAGAACCAGUGUGGUGAUGUGGGGGAAGGGGGAUGGAGGAUGGAGGAAAGACUGACAUUUAAACAAAAAAAAAAAAAAACCAAAACAAACAAACAAACAAAAAAAAAAAACAGUACCAUACAUCCUCUAAGGAUCUCUUAAGAGCCAUUAUCACCUGGGUAAAAAUGUCCUGCAUAACUUAUUGUGUAAAAAAAA